AUGAGAAAAAAGUAUAAAUUUAAUACCGAUCAGUUACACAGGGAAGAUAUACAUCCAGAUAAUAAAUUAGAUUGGCAAUUAGAUGAUAAUGAUAAAAAUAUCCUAAAGAUAUUAUCUCCGAAUGAUAUUAAAAAUAUUUCUUCUGAUUUUGCUGAACAAAAUAAUAUUGUUUCAGAUGACAAAAUUACAGCAAUUUCUAAUAAAAAUCUAAAGUAUGAUUUGCAAAAUGAUGAAUUUGAUUAUGAUAAAUUUAUAAAUAAUUUUAAUCAACUUCCAUCUCCGCUUGAUCAAUGUAAUGAAGAUAUUUCAUACCUUGGACCAGGUUUGUCGCCAACAUUCAAUUUUGCUGCUUAUGCUGACAGAUCCGAACUUAUUCAAACAUAUGUGAAACUUGGAGUGGAAUUAUAUAAAUUAGAAAACAAUCAGGAUCAUAUGAGGGCACUUCUUACUGUAGAUUUAAAAAAGGAAUUACCAAAAUAUCUACAAUUUUUUCAUGAUUCUGGUAUAGCUGCUGAUGAUUUCGGGAAAAUUAUAACAAUGUGUCCUAUAAUUUUAAAAGAAGACAUUGUGGAUAUGGAAACUAGAUUAAGAUAUUUAAGAGCUCAUAAAUUUACACAGCCAAGCAUAGCACGAAUUAUAACGAAAAAUCCGACAUGGCUUACAUGGGCAACAAAACAUAUAGAUGAAAGACUUGGUCACUUUCAAAAUGAAUUCAAACUUAGUGGAUCAGAAAUACGUUUUCUAGCCACCAAACAGCCAAAAAUUAUUACGUAUAAUAUGAAACACAUUAAUGAGAAUACAUUUGCAUUUAUAGAAGAGAUGGGAUUUGGUGCGAAUGAAGCAAAAAUUAUAUUACUCACAAAACCACGCAUUUGGAUGCAAAAUCGAGCAAAAACUCUUAAAACUUUUGAAUACGUUCACAGAUCUAUGAAUUUAUCGCAUGAUAUAAUGCUUUCAAACAUUGAAGUUCUAUCUUGUCGUGUAAAUCGCUUAAAAAACAGGCAUGAAUUUCUUUUAGAAUUAAAUAAGGUACAAUAUGAUCCAAAGAGUCCAGGAUAUAUUUCGCUAAAGGCAAUAGUAAAUGGAUCUGAUGAAGAAUUUUGUAAAGAUGUAGCAAAAUCAUCGAUAGAGACUUACAAUCAAUUUUUAAAAACACGUUAAUAUAUUCAUUUUAAAAUAAAUAAAUAUUAUUU